AUGUCGCAACCCGAGACCCGGGGCAACCCCCUAUCCGCAUACACCAAACUAUCGCCUUCAGUCUAUAUCCACGAACCCCAAUUGCAGCCUGAAAGCAAUGGCGCCCCCAAGACCAUCAUCCUAGCAUCCUGGAUGAAUGCUCCCCCACGAGCCUUAAUCAAAUACGUCACCGAGUACAUCCGCCUAGUACCCACAGCCCGAAUCAUCAUCAUCCUAAGCUCCUCCAAGGACUUCAUGACACGGUCCAGCAAGCAGGCGCAACGAGCGCGCCUCGCCCCAGCCGUCAAGGCUCUCCGGGCCUGGUUCCCGUCGUCUUCUUCGGCUGAAGAGACAACCAGAUCCCAAGAACAAGUAUUCAUACACAUGUUCUCCAACGGCGGCGUCUUCUCCACAAUCAAUCUCCUGAGCACGUACCAAGAGACGGUGGGCCGACCACUGCGCAUCUCAUCAACCAUCCUGGACAGUGCGCCAGGCGUGGCGACGGUCUCGGGCGCCAUGAAGGCAUUCUCGUAUGCGCUUCCGAGCCAGUGGCUUUUCCGCCAGUUUACUAAGGUUGUGCUAUGGCUGUUUUUCGUGCUGGGGGCGCUUGUGCGCCGCCUUGUUGGGUUGUCAGAUGCUGUUGGUGUUGGGCGGGAGGCGAUGAAUGAUCAGAGGCUGGUUCCUGGUGAGGAUGGUGGGAAGCCGCGACGGUGCUAUAUCUAUUCGGAGGCGGAUGAGCUGGUGGAUUGGAGGGAUGUGGAGAGACAUGCUGAUGAGGCGGAGGCAAGGGGUUGGGUGGUGUCGAGGGAGAAGUUUGUGGGGUCCCCGCAUGUUUCGCAUAUGAGAGCUGAUCCAGAGAGGUAUUGGGGGAUUGUGAAGCGGUAUUUAUUGGAGGAAUCGGAGUAA